AUCUGGGGCACUUAAGCCAUGUGGGAAGUUGGGCAAGAAUUGCCAAACAAAACGAUUAAUGACACAGAGAAUCCUCAAGGGCUGUAAAACAGAUAUCGAUGUUCUGAGAAAAGAUGACAAUGCGUUUUUUAGUUCGGCUGCUGCAUCAGAGAUUCCACAGUAUACUUCCACAACAUGGAAGAGUACGGAAUAGGGGUGGGAGUUUUAUGUCUCCUUGUCAUUUCACCAAUGAGAAAAGGACAAUCCUCACCAGCCCAGUCACUCUUUACCCACGUGGUCGGCACAGGCCACCGUCAGGGUCUCUCGCCAAACGUUCAGGCACUCGUCAGGACAGGAGAGCAAUCUCAGAUGAUGAAAAUAACAAUCAGCGCAAAGCACCGGAGUCUUAUAAGGGUUUCAGGAGCGAGGAGGGACUCAAGGAGGGUUGGGGCCUACGACAAUCCUCUCCUUUCAAUAAUUACAAUGUGCGAAGAUCUAGAGAUGCUGGAGCUGCUGAAAGAGGAAUGGAACGAUACAGCAGGGAAAGCCGUGAAAAAUCUAGUGGUGAAUUGAACACUUUACAGAAAAGUAAAAGAAUCAGACCACGGCCUACUGAAAAGAGCAUGAAGGCAGAAAUUAACAUGUUAGAUAUGGAUGAGAAAGAGUUUUUUCAUUCAGAUUCGGAGUCCAGUGAUGAUGAAGAUGAAGUGGAAGGGACACCAUUAUUUGAUGCAGCAAAAGCAAAGUUACUUAAGGAAACCAGCUUUAUACAUGUAGCUGAAGAACAGCGAUCAAAGCAAGAUCAAACUGCACAUGCAUAUAGACCUAACAUUGACCCUCGGGAAACCUCUAUCAUUUUAUUUCCUGGACAGGGCAGUCAGUUUGUUGGGAUGGGAAAGAAGUUACUCGGCUACUCAAAUGUAAAGGACAUGUUUGAGAUGGCCAAUGAAAUUUUAGGAUAUGACUUGUUGGAAUUAUGCCUCCAUGGCCCCAUUUCUGAGCUAAACAAGACUGUUCACUGUCAGCCGGCUGUGUUUGUGACGUCUCUUGCUGCUGUGGAAAUGAUGAAGGAUUCUAACCCCAAGGUACUGGAGAAGUGCAUCACCACCACAGGGUUUAGUGUAGGAGAAUAUGCUGCACUAGUGUUCGCAGGGGCAAUGACAUUUGAGGAUGGUCUGAAAUUGGUCAAAACCCGUGCCCAGUUAAUGCAGCGUGCAUCUGAGGAGGUUCCGGGGGGCCUAAUGACGGUAUUUUUGUGGCCCAACACCGAGUUAGGAGAGGCCAAGCAAGUUGCUAUGGAGUUCUGUCGCCAGAAAGCUGGGAUUGUCAACCCAGUGUGUAGCACUGCCAACUACCUGUGCUUUAAUGCCAAGGUUCUGGGAGGAAAUAUAGAGGCUUUGAAAUUUAUUGAAAAAUCAAAGAGUGUUUUCAACAUCCCCCGUGUCAAGCCUCUCCCCGUCAGUGGAGCAUUUCACACUGCCCUCAUGAGACCCAUUGCCCAGGAAUUUAAGAAAAAACUGGAUGGAGUCAAGAUAGGAGUUCCUCUCAUCCCAGUGCAGAGUAACGUGAAUGCCAAAAGAUAUAGAAAACCUGACGUAAUUAAGAAAAUGUUGGUGAAACAGUUAUAUUCCCCAGUCAAGUGGGAGCAGAUUAUGCAGACAUUAUACGCACGACCCAAAGACUCAGCAUAUCCAGACACGUAUGAACUUGGGCCUGGAAAACAGCUGGGUACGUUACUGAAGUCUGUGUGUCAGUCUGCACAUAAAAACUACAUGGACACAGACGUAUAGCAGAUAUGAGGAAUAGGAUUACAGGGUGCCGUGUCUGACCUGUCUGCAAUAAUUUUUAAGGGUGGUUGGGGGAGGUCUAUUACCAAAAACAGUUGAACUUUUUUUCCCACUUAAUUGACGUAACCUAAGAAAUGGUCCGGAGUUGGAAGGAUAACUAGAUAAACAGGAUAUGUACACAUAGAACAUGCAUGUUUGGAACAAAUUAAAAUGCGGAUAGUAUACUUUAAUAAUAAAAUGGCUUAUUCUUUAACAUUGUGCAUUCCAUUAAAAUCUCUAUGCACCUUACAAUUGUUUUUAAAUUGAAGAACUUAAUAUUAAAAUCUAAAAGAGCUAAAUAGUACAAUAUAAAAGAACUAAAUAUUACAAACAAUAAAGAUUUAAAAUGACAAAGUUUACAGCUAAAAAUGACAAGUUAAAACUUAAUUGUAAUAUUACAGGUAUGUAGUUUAUCUAGCUAUAUAAAAUUUUAAUAGUUAAAUAUUGUCAAUUAAGACAAAUAGGAUAUAUAAGAAGAAAAACUACUUGAUAAUCAAUAAUAAGCUGUUCUAAAAUAUAAACCUUUAAAAGUAUCUUACAAAUAUCCUUGUCGCCCCUUGCUCUUAUUUAACUAUUCCAGAGUUUGGAUGCAUAUACUGUGAAAGCCCUUUUUUCAAAUUUACCAACUUCUUUCCGUGAAACAGCUUGUUCUAAGAGUAAGUGGCUAAAAGUUGAAGACCUAGUAGCCUGCCCUUACUGAGGUGGCUUAAUGUGCAUUGAGAUAUAGAGUUGUUUGUUUUCUGUAACUGCUUCAAAAAUUACAUGUAAAACUUUAAAUAAAAUAAAUACAUGAUACAGCCUCAUAUUUGAAUAUAUGCAGUUUCAGAUUGCUUAAAUUGAAAUAUGGUAUUUUAUUUGAAAGUGGAGUCUUU